GGAAAUUCGAUUUUUGCGAAAAGACAAAGAUUUUCUAAUGACGAUUUUAAACAAAAUUCCUCGUGUAUAACAUCCUCUAAGAAAGUUUGAGAUAAUUAUAAAGCAAUUUCGCACACCCCACUCCAUUGGGCAUUUGUUUAAUUAAAAUAUUAAAUUCUUCUAUAACUAUCGCAAAAUAAUAACUAUUGAUCAUUCGAUUAGGAGAAGUGGGUAGUCUGGGGGGAAACUUGUAUAUAAACCAGUCGCAAGAGAAGCUGCUCUGCUCUCUGGCUUCUCAAAGAAGUUUGUGGAAUGAGUUCUCGCGGGCCUGUGUGAGUCAGGCUCUGUGAUCGCUUCCCGAAUGGGGCAUGUUAUGUUUUUGUUGAUGUCCCACACAUUCACCUCGUGCUGGGUGUGUUGACAGUUGUCUUCAGUCAGCCACUGACACUCACCAACACACAGAAAUCCUGUAUUUACCCCCUUGUUUGGGUACCUGACAGACAAGAAUCCCAGCAGGCACUGCGCCAUGUUUGGCCUCGACACUCAGGAUGCUGUGACUGACGUCACCAUUGUGCCUUCAGCCAAGGUCACCGUACAUGACCCUGCCAAAGAUGGCGCCGAGACAUUCAUUCCCUGGGACAACCCUCAGGGCAUCAUGACGUACAAACAGUAUCUCUCCGUGGUCUUCUACUACAACAUCAUCCUCAAGCCGCUGGUGGUGGUUGUCGGCGUCUCCACCAAUGUCGUCAACUGCCUGGUGUUCAGACGCCAGGGGCUGCGCGACCGCAUGAACCUUUGUCUGUUCGUGCACUCGCUGGUGGACAUGACCUUCCUCACCUACUCCAUCGCCUUCACCGUCUCCUACUUCUAUCGGCUGGUCGACGCCGUGGUAGGGGAGGAGUACUACCUGAAGACUCUGUACUACGCCCAGGGGGCGCUGUUUGGCCUGCGGGAGGCCUCGGCCGGCAUCAGCGUGGUCAUCGCCGUGGAGCGCUGUCUGUGCGUGGUCUUCCCGCUGCGGGCAUCCACCCUCAUGCACUGGCGCACCAUGGGGAUGCUGCUGGCCGCCAUUGUGGUGCUGAUGCAGGCGGCCUUCAUCACCACGCCGUUAAAGUACAGCGUCGUCAGCAUCGCCAGCAACACCAGCGCCGGCGCCAGAUGGCAGCCAGUACCUGACGGUCGCUGGCAGACGGACCGGACGUUGCAGACGUACAGCGUGGCGGAAGAUGCUCUGAUGCAGAUCGUCGUCCCCAUCGGCACGUUCAUCAUCGUGUCGUUGUGCACGACCGUGACGGUGUUGCGGCUGCAGGCCGCCAUGUCGUGGCGGGAAAAGACCAGCUCCAGCGGAAGUGACGCGCAGGUCCGGCAGGUGGCGCUGACCCGCAUGCUGGUGCUGGUGUCGGGUGUCUUCAUCGCCAGCAAGGUGCCCUUCGUCGUCAUGAUCCUCGCGCGCAACAUCGUGAGCGACUUCAGCACCACCGGUCGCUACUACAACCUGUACAUGACCACCUUCAUCCUCGUCUACUACCUGCCCUACGCCAACAGCGCCGUCAACUUCUUCGUCUACGUCAGCCGCUCUGCUCGCUUCAGGCAGGACCUGCGGGCCAUCAUGUGUGGGGCAUCCACCUCCACCCGGCAAGCCGUGUCUCACCUGUCCGCGGCCACGUCAUGUGACACGCUGGCGUCACACCCAAGUUGAGGGCCGUGACAGUCACGCUAGGUGACACCAGUCACGCGGAGCGAAACGAAAUAAAAGUGGAUCGCGAACUUUUUGUCUGGGGGGGAGGGUGACACCCAUCGAUGAAGUUGUAUUAAGAGAUCUUGAGGGCUAACAACCUGCAAACUUAUUGCAUAUUCAACGCACAGCAAUAAUAAUAAUAAUAAUAAUAAUAAUAAUAAUAAUAAUAAUAAUAAUAAUUGUGACAUCGUGAGAUUUAUACAUAACUCGCUAAACUCUCGUUGAUGAUGGAGUUUGUCCAGCUGUUAUUGCUAAUGGAGGCGUCGAGGAGGAGUGACUGUCCAUGAUGUAGUCGCUGUCUCUUUCUGUUACAAAUGUGUUGGUGAGCCACUCACAUGUGGGCAGCCUGGGGUUUUGUGGGACUCCGUAAGCAGUUCUCAAGCUUUAGCCGCUAAAUCCGUUGUGUGGAAGAAUAUUUAUAUAUCACACCAUUAACAGAAUAAUGAGACAACCGUUUCCGUCCAACACUGUGAGAGGUUUUAUGUCACCUGUCGCACACGCUGGUUGAUGUGUCGUGUUAAACCGUCAACCAUUUUGAGUACCUGUUGAUGUCACACAUCCGUUGAUUACCAUUGAUGUCACAUAUUGUCACCCAUCAUGUGUGACAGCAUCAAGAUUCGAUUCCAGCCACUUUGGAACUCUCUUUCUAGAAUAUAAAUACUUCUCAUAUGCAAUAACCUUCGCUAAAUGUCGGAAGAACUGUCCAUGCACCCGGUUGACCACUCACCCUAAUCACCAGUUUCUGUCGUGGUGCCAAAUGAUCACCACGUGCAAGUAUCGUCCUGUCAACAACAAACAACCCA